CCCCUACCUAGGGCCGAAGUAUUCGAUACCCUACCUACCUGCCUGUCUACCUCUACUCAUCUCCUCCUCCUCCUGCUUGCUCUACACGUAGGUACCUCCUACCUACCUCCUACCCAAGGCCACCCGCCCGCGUUUAUAUAGCCCGUACAUCCCAGAGCCCUCCUACACCCCGUCCACACACCCCAUCCCUUGUCCAUGUCCGCCUCCUAUGCGUUUUCCAUACGCACAAAUAUUACCUGCACUGCCAACAUCUAGACCUCACCUCCCGCCCGACCUGCAAACUGCGCCAGAAAUCUCCGGCAAAUAAGUCCUAGUUGCCGCUCUCGCCGGCUGGGCGUCGCAUCUUUCUCCCCAGUCACGCCGUCCCCGAUCUCGCCUCGUUGGCUUGGAUGAUGGCUUUGCCAACGCAGUAUGAGGGCGUCCUCCCUAUGUACAUGGUGCAGAAACCGCCGUUCAUGAUCGAAGCGCCCGGAGCCAAAGAUGUCGAGGGCGAAACCAAGCCGUACAGGCAUUUCAAGGCCAAGGAUGGCCUCAUUACCCGGCCCGCCCCUCAUAUCGCUACUACCUACGACAUACUGAUCGACAGCGCCGACAAGCACGGCGAAAAACACGCUAUAGGCACCCGCGAGCUCAUCCGGACCCACGUCGAGACCAAGAAGGUCCCCAAAGUUGUCGACGGCGUCAAGACCGAGGUCGAGAAGCAAUGGACCUAUUUCGAGCUCUCUCCCUACACAUUCCUCACCUACAGCGAGUACAAGACCCGAGCUCUGCGUGUUGGCGCCGGUCUGAGGAAACUCGGCGUCGAGUCGGGUGACACGCUGCACAUCUUUGCGACAACGAGCGCAAACUGGCUAGGCAUGGCCCACGGCUGCGCGUCGCAGUCCAUCACGAUCGCGACCGCGUACGACACCUUGGGCUCUGACGCCGUCGAAUUUUCCUUUGUCCAGACGGGCGCCAAAGCCGUCUAUACCGAACCCCACCUAUUCAAGGUGGCCAGCCGCCCGCUGAAGAACGCGAAGGACAUGAAAUAUCUAAUCUAUAAUGACACUACCCACAUGCCCAUCUCCGACCAGGAAAUGGCCAACUUCAGGGCCGCCCACCCCCACCUGACCAUCAUCUCGUACUCCGACCUCGUCGACCUCGGCGAAGCGAACCCUGUGCCGCCUGUGCCGCCGAAGCCUUCCGACAUGUGCUGCAUAAUGUACACCUCCGGCUCGUCCGGAACGCCCAAGGGCGUCUCCAUCACGCACGAGGGCAUCGUCGCCGGCGUAGCAGGUCUCUACAGUGUCAUUGCCGAGUCUAUCUCGCACACAGAAGUCAUCCUUGCCUAUCUACCCCUCGCGCAUAUCUUGGAGAUGGCUGUGGAGAAUCUGGUCAUGUUUAUCGGGGGCACGCUCGGCUACGGCUCCCCACGCACUCUCGCCGACACUUCCAUGAAGAACUGCGCAGGCGACAUGCGGGAGCUUGCGCCGACCGUGAUGGUUGGGGUGCCUCAGAUAUGGGAGACUAUCAGGAAAGGCAUAGAAAGCCGGAUUAACUCCAGCGGCCCGCUGACCAGGAACCUCUUCUGGGGUGCCUACAACCUGAAAUCGUUGCUGGUAGCCACGGGUCUGCCUGGAGGGGGCGUCCUGGACGCCCUGGUCUUUAACAAGGUUCGAGAGAUGACAGGAGGAAGGGUGAGGUUUCUUUUUAACGGCGCCAGUGGUAUUUCGAGCGGCACACGGCGGUUCGUCAGUCUGGUGUUGGCCCCGAUGAUCACGGGCUAUGGGUUGACCGAGACGUGUGCGAACGGCGCGCUAGGCUGUCCCUUGCAGUGGACGUCCACUGCUAUUGGGCCUGUGCCCGCCUCGCUGGAGGUCAAGCUUGUCAGCCUACCCGACCUGGGCUAUGACGCAAAGAGCACGCCGCCGCAAGGCGAAAUUCUCCUCCGAGGACCCCCCGUCACCAAAGAGUACUAUAAGAAUCCCGAAGAAACCGAGAAAGCGUUCACGCCGGACGGGUGGUUCCGAACAGGUGACAUUGGUGAGAUUGACGCGGUCGGCCAUAUCAAGAUCAUCGACCGCGUCAAGAACCUGGUCAAGCUGCUGGGCGGCGAGUACAUCGCACUAGAAAAGCUGGAGGCGGUCUAUCGCGGCAGCGAAUAUGUCCAUAACAUCAUGGUAUACGGCGAUAGCGAGCAUCCGCGCCCGAUUGCUGUAAUCUGCCCUAACGAAAAGCCCCUCGCCAGCCUAGCAAAGAGUCUAGAUGUUGACCACGCCCACAUGCAUCACAGCCAGAAGGUGGUCGAUGCUAUACACAAGGACUUGAUUGUGGUGGGCAAGAAGGCCGGUUUGACCCCACUGGAGAUGGUUGUCGGGGUGGUGCUGGGUGAGGAGGAAUGGACCCCUGCUACGGGCCUGGUCACGGCAACGCAGAAGGUGAAUCGGAGAGCACUGAACAGCGCUUUCAAGAAGCAAAUCCAGGAGUGUUUUAAGCGGACUGAAUAGUUUUCUAUAUCACGGUCACGGUCAAUGGGCUAGGCGUUAAGUAGCUGGGUCUACGCCAAGUACUGGUCUCUCGGCUUUUUUUUUUUUCAUGCCAGAUUUGUAGGCAAGGUGCAAGAGAUGCAAUCGUGGAGCGCACCCGUCGAGGCAUGGCGACAUGUGUUGAGUAAUACAAAAUAAUCCAGAACAGCUGGUGCCCCUCUGAAUCCUGUGCCAACGCCCCGCCCAUAUGUCACGUAGGUAUGAAUAUCGGAUGGCCCGACAAAAGGGGCGGGACAGCAGAGCGAUCGUCGUCGCAGCGUCACCCUGCGAACCUCGGCUCCGAGCUGUUGCUAAUGCUGCUUGUCUAUAUAUCCCAUAUGCAGGAUUCUAU